UUAAUGUGUCGAUAUCCACGAAUAGCUGAUGCGUUUGUGUCACUCUGAAUCCAUUGACCGAUAAGCAAAAUGUUUAGGCAGUGGGCAUACGUAUGGGCGUUGGAACGAGCACAGGAUCGUUGCACUGUUGUGGGUAGACGCAGGAAUGCAGCAACUCCAGGACCUGAAGGCCGUCGCUUCGUGCCAGCUUGUGUUCCUCUUGCAGUGUCGAGGUGCAGACGUCAGUGGAGGCAUGUGAUUGCACAGAGUCGAGGUGCAGACGUCAGUGGAGGCAUGUGAUUGCACAGUGUAUCAGACCCAGUAGCCGUGUGACGUGACACGCGUUGUUGCGUUAUAUUAGGAUAGUAUCUGGGCUAGGCAGCGUCGGUUGGUAGGAUAAGACGAAGGAUGAAUUGAAAGAAUCUGGAAGGAAGUGAUCGUGACACAAAUGAGGUACUAUGCCGCUGUUUGCUUAGAGGGCCUGAGUAGAAUCACGAAUACUCCAGUCAGAUGGCCGGUGUCGUCGAGAUUCGAACCAUGAGUCUAGAAGAACGUUAGCGCUACACCAGUCCGUCCGGUACUGUGGUUCAGUAACAGAAAUUAUCGUUUAGCUGAACUAUCCGAACGUCUGUUUGCCUUAGGGUCAGAAUUUUGAUUCUGUCCAGGCUACAGUUUCCCUAAAGCCGAAGAAUCGAGUACGUUUUAACAUGGGGCCUGUGCGUGCGGGCGCGCCACGGCUAGGCUCCUGCUGUUCGGUGUUCCAACUCUUUAUCACUACAGUCAUAUUGUUUUGUUGUGAAAUCAAGGGACGCCAGAUAGCAUCCUAUUAGUAAUCCGGUAUGUUUUAAAUCUAGUCCCUGGGUUGCGCACAUCGGUUGCAGCUGUAUUUUUGGAGGGAGGAAGGGUGACGCACCAUAAAGUUGGCCCUGUUAUAACCCAUACACGCCCAACCGUUAACUCACUUAGUGCACUUGAUGAAACCUACUGCACAUUCUGCCGAGAUUGACCAGGUGUAAAACAUGGGACAUUAGAAGUGGAUUAGCACUUGCCAUCGGUCUUCGUGGGGCACUAAACCCGGCGAUAUUCUCAAGUAAAAUAACACGCAAAUGGUUACAAGGAACUGGGGCCCUGUUGCGAAAUCCGCCACGUACACCCGCUGGACGCCGCGUCGCUGCAAUAACGGGCUGAGCAAUUAGAAUUUUGUGUCACUUGUGGUCUCCCAGAGAACGGCGUUCCUCGCCAUGGGCUGGCUCAGUCGACUGUGUCAAUGCACUUCGCGGCCCCACAGCGGCCCACAUCACCAGGUUGUUGACGAGAAGUCUUCGGAACCGGCGGUCGUCCCGGCGCAGAGCUUAGAUGUUGAAUGUGACGACGGACGAAUCCACACGGCGGUCGUUUCGGGCAUCAACUACGAGACCCGCAGCGUGACAGUCGAAUGGUUCGAGCGAGGUGAAACCAAAGGCAAAGAGAUCGAAAUAGAGGCCAUCCUGUCAUUGAACCCAGAUCUCAUACCCAAAGGACACUCAAAUCAAAAUGUCAUCCCCACGAAGCUGACGAGGUAUGCUGCCAAAUCCAACAGCAUUGCCGCGGCGGGCAACAAAGUUGAUGAUGGAAACCGUUCAACAUAUUACCAGCGUACACGGCAACAGGCCAGACCUACCAACAUAAUUCCUGCUCUGAAUGGACAUGGAGACCAGCAGAAUGUGGCCAUGGCACGAGGCGUGGAGAACAUCGCUCCAACUCCUAGUACACCCACGGUCGCCAGUGUUGCGGCCAGACAACAGCAGCUGCAGCAACAGCUUCAGCAGCAACAGCAGGCUGCUUUGGCAGGAGCUCAAGGAGGACGGGGACGGAGGAGUAAUGUGGUGAAGGAAGUUGAGCGACUGAAGAAGAACCGGGAGGAACGGCGUCAGAGACAGGCAGAACUGAAAGAGGAGAAGGAAGUUCUCAUGAGCAUGGAUCCUGGUAACCCCAAUUGGGAGUUCCUUGCUAUGAUCAGGGAAUACCGUAACGGUAUCGAGUUCCGUCCCCUGCGAGAGUCAGACCCCGUGGAGGAUCAUCAGAUCACAGUUUGCAUCAGGAAGAGGCCACUCAACAAGAAAGAGGUGGCCAGGAAGGAGGUCGAUGUGAUCUCAGUGCCCAAUAAAGACCAGAUUGUCGUACAUGAGCCCAAACUCAAAGUGGAUCUCACAAAGUUCUUGGAGAACCAGCAUUUCAGAUUUGACUACGCUUUUGAUGAGACCUGUGGCAAUGACUUGGUUUACAAAUACACAGCAAAGCCUCUAGUCCAAACAAUCUUCGAGGGGGGGAUGGCAACGUGUUUUGCGUAUGGGCAGACAGGAAGUGGCAAGACCCAUACGAUGGGCGGUGACUUCCAGGGCAAGACACAAGACUGCAAGAAGGGAAUCUAUGCCAUGGCUGCCAAAGAUGUCUUUAAGUUCCUCAAGUCGCCAAAGUAUAAGGUCCUGAACUUGAUGGUGUCGGCAAGCUUCUUUGAGAUCUACAGUGGCAAGGUCUUCGAUCUGCUGGCAAAUAAAGCCAAGUUGCGUGUUCUUGAAGAUGGCAAGCAGCAAGUGCAGAUCGUGGGGCUGACUGAAAAAGUAGUUGACUCAGUGGAUGAAGUCCUUAAACUUAUACAGCAUGGUAACACUGCCAGGACAUCAGGGCAGACAUCAGCAAACUCCAAUUCUUCCCGGUCUCAUGCAGUAUUCCAGAUCAUAGUCCGGACACCUGGCAUCAAUCGUAUCCAUGGCAAGUUCUCAUUGAUCGACCUAGCGGGAAAUGAGAGGGGAGCAGAUACGUCCUCUGCAAAUAGGCAGACAAGGAUGGAAGGUGCAGAAAUUAACAAGUCACUUUUGGCUCUAAAGGAGUGUAUCAGGGCGUUGGGCAGGAAAGGUGCUCAUCUCCCGUUUCGAGCCAGCAAGCUCACCCAGGUGCUUCGAGACUCCUUCAUCGGGGAAAAAUCCAAAACAUGUAUGAUAGCGAUGAUUAGUCCAGGCAUGAGUUCAUGUGAACACUCUCUCAACACACUGCGGUACGCGGAUCGUGUCAAGGAACUGGCAGCCAAUGAUCCCAUGGAGAUGAAGAUAUCUCCUAACAGUGAAGGGGAGCCCAUGAAGGUGGAGAAUAACGGUGCACUGGAAGAUAGUGAUCUUGCCCAACUUCGAUCCUUAAAUGAAGGAGAGAUCUCAGCGGACCUGUUCACCUUCCACGAGGCAGUUUCACAGCUGCAGCUACUGGAAGAGGAGGUGUUAGAUGCUCACACCAGUCUAGCAGAGAUGGGGCCCAUGUGGACCGGGCACGACCAUGCCUUGCUAGCCAUGACAAAUGAUGUAGACUAUGACCAGGACGCAUAUUCUAAACAGCUGGAGCUGAUGCUGGCUGAGAGGAUGGAAGUUCUGGGUGACCUAAAACAGAAAGUGGCUGCAUUCAGAGCACAACUUGUUGCCGAGGAACAAAUCAGUCAGAAGAUCAAGCGACCAGCACCUACGAGGCACACCUAACCUCUGCGCCACAGUAUUGCCAUUCCAGUGUGCGUUAUAAUGCCCAGUUAUUAAAGAAAGACAAGUUGUGUGAAAGUACCCCCCCCCCUCUCCCAAUAUUUUGAAUUGCAUGGUAUGUUCUAAUUGUUAUGACGCUCUAUUUUUACCAUAAAUAUGAACCUAAUUGAUUGAAGCAUGUUGGGGACCAUUAGUUUUGUACAUUUAAUUGCAGUUUCUUUUGGUCUUUUGUGCUUUUUUAAAUAUUUUUAUGUACAUCUUGUAAUGAAGUCCAUACCAUGUCAGGAAGGACAAAGCAUAUGCCCCAUCUUUCUAAAACUGUAGCUAAUUUGUUCUGCAUUGUUUCUUUGAUGUGAGAUAAAUGUCAAGAAAUAUUCUCUACCUGUGUUGAGCUUGUGUUGCUACUUAUUCCUGUCAGUUCUUUCUCCAGUGUGGUACUUUAUAAAAGGAAUAUGCAAUACAAGCUGCUUUACCACAGUCAUGUUCAUACUUUGUGAUAAUUUCAGUUUCCUCUGAAGUGCUGGUAUAUGUUUUGCAUGGCAGGUUAUCAGGAACAAGGAGCAUCUGACAUCCUUUUUUAUUUACAAAUACUUUCAGCCGCUUGGUGUCAUGAGAGCUAACACUCGUUUGCCAAACUAACAUAAAUAAUCCAUAAUGGUUGAUCCAAUGGCGAAAGCAACAUUUAUACAUCACUGAAUUGUCAGAAAACUAUAAUCAAUGCUAACCCUUUGAUUCAUGAAAUUUGUUACAUAUUUUUUAAAGUUUCAGUUCCUACCUCACAGAGAACAUUUAUCUCCAUUACAGAGACCAACUGGUUAAUGCUGUUUGGGGAAGUAAUAACAAGAAUCAAAAAAACAUAAAUACAUCACAUGGAAAUAUUGCAGAGUUCUUUAAUGUGAAAGCUAAUGGUAUAUACAGUUACCACUGUGCUUUAUAGUGUUAAAAAUCUGUCUCAUCAGUUUACAGUGAAAUGUGAUUAUUAUGAUACGUCUUCUUCCCUGCCCUUAUAAGUUCGCAAGACCGUUCAGUGCAUUUGUGGUACUACGGCUCAGCGAAUCUUAUGAUUGCCACAGUACUUAACUAGAAUUAUGUAAACAUUUGUUCCCUUUCCUUGAUACAUACAUGUUCUGGAAUU